GUUAAAAUUCUUCGCAGCUGGAAUGGGAGUGUUUACAAAAUGAUUUGGCCUGAACUUUUGAUAUUUUGUCUGAUAUACUUAAGUCUUAGUAUAACAUAUCAUCUUCUUCUUAAUGAAUUCCAAAAAGAACAUUUUGAAACUGUGGCUAAAUAUUGUGAUGAGUUCAGUAGAAAGUUGCCUUUGUCUUUUGUUUUAGGGUUUUUUGUGUCCACAGUUGUAUAUAGGUUCUGGAUUCAGUUUAAUAAUAUUGCUUGGCCUGCUGAUGUUGCUAUUAAAGUUAAUGCUCUUAUUUCAGGAAAAGAUGAAGAAGGUAGGAUGCUAAGAAGAACAAUAAUGAGGUACAUCUGUGCAGGUUAUGUUUUUGCGUUUUGUUCUAUAAGUGCUCCAAUCAAAAAGCGGUUUCCCACGUUAGAACAUUUCGUUCUGGCAGGGUUUUUGCUUCCAAAUGAAAAAAUUAUAUUUGAAAAUAUACCAACUACAAUUAAUAAGUAUGUCAUUCCUUUUGUUUGGGCUGCAAAUUUAGUGCAGAAAGCUAAAAAAGAAGGAAGGACUAAAGAUCAAAUGACAGCUCACAUUCUUAUAAGUGCUAUAAAUGACUUCAGAGGAAAAAGCGGCAUGUUGACAAGUCUAGACUCUGUCACUAUACCAUUAGCAUACACACAGGUGGUGAUUCUUGCAGUUUUCAUAUUUUGUACUGCCUGCCUUAUGGGAAGAUAUAAAUUUGACGACGGGGAUGAGGCAGAUUAUCAUUUACCUCUACUCACAAUAUUUCAAUUCAUAUUUUACAUGGGAUGGUUAAAGGUUGCUCUAAGUGGGUUGCAUGCAUUCGGUGAUGAUGACGAUGACUUCGAGCUCAACUCUCUAAUUGAUAUGGCUUUACAGGAAUCCUAUUUGAUUGUAGAUCAAAUGUAUGACGUCUUACCAGAAUAUGGGCACGAUAUAUUCUGGAAUAAACGAGUUGAAAUACCAUACACAGAGAUGUCCAUCAUGACCAUGAAAGAUUUCUACAUUGGAUCUGCCACAACAUACCAGUUUUUAAUUUUCGUUUUACAUUUUUUGAAAGCUAUACGAGUUUGA